AUGUCAGACAUCUACUUUCGCACAGCUCAGGCGUUGCGUACUGUCACCUUCCCCCUGCUGCUACAGUACCGCCAAAAUCAGGGGCUCGAAAUCGAUCAAGGCUACGACACGCUGGACAAGAACUUCGGGUUUCCUCUGUUCUUCGAUCCGGGCACGGACUGGGCGUAUGGGCCCGGUCUAGACUGGUCCGCACGGCUAAUCCUGAGGGCCAGCGGGAUGCCGACGGAGGAGUUCAUGCAGAAGAACCUAGCAGGGCCUCUCGGGAUCAACACCGACGACAUGACUUUCGAGCUGCAGAAGCACCCCAACACGCAGGCUCGCCGGGGUGACAUGACGUUCCGUGUUGAUGCCAAAGACGGCACCGCAGCAAGCCUCGAGUACCGCGACGAGGAGUACUGGCACAAAGACAAUGAGCCGCACGGCGGGCAGGGCAUCUACACCACUCCCGUGGCGUACAAGAAGAAUCCUGAAGCCCGAACGUGCGACCUGCUCUUCGAGCCCGCUUUGACGCCGCUAGCGGAGAAGGACCUGAACGACUACUGCCAGAAGUUCAGGGACUGGGUGCCGGGCUCGCCGAUUCCAGUCGAGGUAAAGAAGUCCCACAGUGUCGGCGGGUUGUUGACCCUCGAGGACUGUGAUGGGGAUCGGUGGCAUAGGAAGGGCAAUUCGUCGUGGGGUGGGCUGCCGAACAUUAUCUGGAAUGUCGACCGAGAGGCGGGUAUCUGCUCCCUCUGA